AUGGCCAAAGACAUACAGGUAGUAAAUGGUGCAUGCAAAAAGAGGAAGAAACGGAGAUGGACCAAAGGAGAAAAAAGGGUUGUUAGGAACUCCCAAGAAAACAACACAGCAGAUGGAAAGGAAGCAAAGAAGAAACAGUUCAACGAAAGAGUACUACAGUUAGCAGAGAAAUGUUCCUCUCAUGGCAAGGGCGUCAGGAUAUUGAAAAAGCCGAUCCAUCAGAGUGCUAAUCAAAGCGAAAGUGAAAGCGAUAUCGAUAUCGAUGCCAGCCUUGUGGUUCGUACGGUUUCAUCAAGUCUGCUUCAACGGCUGGGACAAGCCGAAGAUGAGGAUUCCACCUUACCAUCCUUAUUGCCGUCUUUACCCGUGCCUCUUCUUCCUUUCACUAUAUUCAUAAAACCGCUACUAAUCUGUGAUGUCAAUGGAAUCUUAUGCCAUAGGGUUCGAGCAGAUCCCUAUCCAGACAUACCAUAUCGCGAGUCAGCAAAGAAAGUGUCUGGAACCCUUGUCAUUCCAAGACCAGGCCUCAAUGAGUUCUGGGAAUUCCUUUCGCAACACUUUUGCUUGGCAAUCUGGACAUCCGCAAAGCCAAAAACUGCACAAGCAUUGGUGAAAGCAAUAAUACCUGACCAUAUACAAUCCAAGCUAAUCUUUGUGUGGGGUCAAAGUCAGUGUCAGAUGCAGAUGCAGUCACAAAACGAUGCAGGGUGUGAUUCUUCGAUUGAUGAACGCAAUGUUGUAUUUGUCAAAUCAUUGAACAAGGUAUACAAUCGGUACCCGCUUUGGAACUCCACAAAUACUCUUCUCAUUGAUGAUUCUCGAGAAAAGAUUCCAACACGAAAUGUUGGAAACGUUUUACAUCCACCGCCAAUGAACGGAAAACAAUCUUCGAACAAACUGUCCCAAUAUGGCAUCACGGAUGACCAAGAUAACCACAAAAUUCAAAUGAAAUUGUUUGCUUCACUUGUUGAGAAACUAGAUUCGAGAGAUAUGAAUGAGCAGCUAUAUGGCCAAUGUUCCAUGUCAACCUUGCUAGCCAAAUAA